AGACACAGUCACAGAUGCAAAGGUCCUUUCCAAAAGCCAGCUGGAUGCCUCAGAGCUCAACCACUUUAACUGUGGGGAUGCUGUCUCCCCCAGUUAGGCACUCCAUAUACUUUAUAGUAGUUUGUGCCUUCUUUCAGUUAAUUAUGUUCUCUUGUAGAAUUUUAAUACCUUGAUGUGGAGAGAAGUUUUACCUAUUCUGGCUGUGAACACCACUUACAGAUGUAUAUUCCUAACUGGACUUUUAUGCAUGUUCAGUCAAGAUCUAGGCUAGAAUGAGUCCCCAUGCAUUUUUCUUCCAAAGAAAACAGUAUACCUGCAGUUCAAGAAUUCUUGCUUUGAUUUGAUGAACAAUCCAGUCUUCCAGAAUCUCACGCUUAUUGGUGCAGUCCUGAGCUAUCCUAGAUUAACAGAACUAACAGUCCACACUUCUGCAGAUAACCACAAACACGCAUUGGAAGAUCUGGGAAGAAAUUAGUAUAUACAGCAAGACAGAGUUUUGUGAAUGAGCCUCAAUGAUUAUGGAUCCAGGUGGUGGAAGUCUUGGUUUGCAGACACAGGAAUCCAAAAUGCCUCACACUAUGAUUAUGCAGGAUUUUGUGGCUGGAAUGGCUGGUACUGCUCAUAUUGAUGGAGAUCAUAUUGUUGUGUCAGUCCCUGAAGCUGUACUGGUUUCAGAUGUUGUCACAGAUGAUGGGAUAACACUUGAUCAUGGCUUAGCAGCUGAAGUUGUCCAAGGACCUGAUAUCAUAACUGAAACUGACGUUGUUACCGAAGGAGUGAUUGUUCCUGAAUCUGUAUUGGAAGCAGAUGUUGCCAUUGAAGAAGGAUUAGAUACCAGUGAUCAUGUUUUAACUUCAGACUUAAUAACGGAAACUGUUAGAGUUCCUGAUCAAGUUUUUGUGGCUGAUCUUGUUACGGGUCCUGAUGGACAUUUGGAACAUGUGGUGCAAGAUUCUGUAUCAGGACCUGACUCUCCCACAAUGGUAUCAGAAGAAGUUCUUGUGACGAAUUCAGAUCCCGAAACUGUGAUUCAAGCAGCUGCCGCUGUUCCUGGCUCCACUGUUACUAUCAAGACUGAAGAUGACGAUGAUGGCAAGAGCACGUCUGAAGACUAUUUAAUGAUAUCUUUGGAUGACGUUGGGGAAAAAUUAGACCAUAUCGGAAACACCCCCCUAAAAAUCAGCACUGAGGUUUCCCAUGGUGACGUAUCUAAAGAUGAUGGGUUUGGUUCUGAAGUUAUUAAAGUUUACAUAUUUAAAGCCGAAGCUGAGGAUGAUGUUGAAAUAGGUGGAACAGAGAUUGUAACAGAGAGUGACUUUCAUAAUGGACAUUCUGUAACUGGAGUUCUGGAGCAAGGCAGUGUUGGUAGAGUUCAACGAGAGAAGAUGGUUUAUAUGGCCGUUAAGGAUUCUUCCCAAGAAGAUGAAGAUAUUAGCUGUGCUGAAAUAGCAGAUGAAGUUUACAUGGAGGUAAUUGUUGGUGAAGAGGAAGCCACGUCACUUCCUGAUGCACAGCUCGAAGACUCUGGUGUGAAUAAAACUUUUGUUCCGGUUGCAUGGGCUGCUGCUUAUGGGGAUGAUAGAAGACUUCCCAGGAAAUAUGAAGACUGUCAAACACCAGGAACAAACUUGGAUGCAAGAUUAGAGAACAAGAAUGGUAAUACAACUCAGUAUCUGCAGAUUUGUGAUAGCAUUAAUACAAACAGAUUGCUUAAGCAGAAGACCAAGAAAAGGAGAAGAGGUGAAGCGCGACAGUGGCAGACAGCUGUUAUAAUAGGCCCCGAUGGACAGCCCUUAACAGUCUACCCUUGUCACAUAUGUGGGAAAAAAUUUAAGUCCAGGGGAUUCUUGAAAAGGCAUAUGAAAAACCACCCAGACCACAUGAUUAAGAAGAAGUAUCAGUGCACGGACUGUGACUUUACGACUAACAAGAAAGUCAGCUUCCAUAAUCACCUGGAAAGCCAUAAGCUUAUCAACAAAGGUGACAAAACGCACGAAUUCACAGAGUACACCAGGCGCUACAGAGAGGCGAGCCCACUGAGCUCAAACAAACUGAUCCUGCGGGAUAAGGAACCGAAGUUGCACAAGUGCAAAUAUUGUGACUACGAGACUGCCGAGCAAGGCCUGCUGAACAGGCACCUGCUCGCGGUUCACAGCAAGAACUUUCCCCACGUUUGCGUGGAGUGUGGGAAGGGGUUCCGCCACCCGUCGGAGCUCAAAAAGCACAUGAGGACCCACACGGGGGAGAAGCCUUACCAGUGCCAGCACUGCGUCUUCCGCUGUGCAGACCAGUCCAACCUGAAGACGCACAUCAAAACCAAGCACGGGCCUGACCUGCCCUUCAAAUGCGAACACUGUCCGCAGGCCUUCACGGACGAGAAGGAGCUUCAGCAGCACACAGAGCUCUUCCAGGGGCACAAGACCCACCAGUGCCCGCACUGCGACCACAAGAGCACCAACUCCAGUGACCUGAAGCGGCACGUCAUCUCCGUCCACACGAAAGACUUCCCUCACAAGUGUGAGGUUUGCGAGAAAGGGUUCCACCGCCCGUCGGAGCUUAAGAAGCACAGCGAAACCCACAAAGGUAAGAAGGUGCACCAGUGUCGGCACUGUGAUUUUAAAACUUCAGACCCUUUUGUACUCAGCGGGCACAUCCUCUCAGUCCACACCAAGGACUUGCCUUUUAAGUGCAAGCGCUGCAAGCGGGGGUUUCGGCAGCAGAUGGAGCUGAAGAAGCACAUGAAGGCCCACAGCGGAAGGAAAGUCUACCAGUGCCAGUAUUGCGAGUACAGCACCACGGACGCGUCCGGCUUCAAGCGGCACGUCAUAUCGAUACACACGAAAGACUACCCUCACAGGUGCGAGUACUGCAAAAAGGGCUUCCGGCGGCCCUCCGAGAAGAACCAGCACAUAAUGAGGCACCACAAGGAGGCCCUCGCGUAGCGGCCGGGCCGGGGAAGGCGAUGCGGCAGGCCGGUUGGGGAAGAAAACUCCCGUGGACUGUUUCUCCUGGUUUCAAAGCUUGAUCUUAAGUCAUAACUUUGCAUUCUUUGUAUUAAAAGUCUUAAAAGCGUUAGGGUUGGCUGGGCAUCUCGUACCCCUAUGGUGGUUGCUUAUCAGAACCGAAAGCGCGCGACGAAGGCCGAGAGGUGAAGGGACGCCUGAGAAGCUGCAGGAAGGGUCUCUGAGUGUCUUGCUAGGAAGCGUUACACAUUAUUAAUAAGCUAAAGAAAUAUUAAGGCCAUUUCCGUAAGCCCUUUAUCAAUAACGCCAUUUGUCACCUUAACGAAAACCAGGGACAGAAGUUCUUUCGAAGGGUUUGCGAGAACAAAUACACCAUAUGCAGUUUUGGGCAGUGAAGCAAGAGAGAAGUCAGUCACGCGGUCCUUACAUUUUUUUUAUUUUUUAUUUUUAAUUGCGCUGGGACAGAGUAUUCGAGAACGGGUCGAAUUUUAAGAUCGGUCUUUUUUUGUUUGUUUUGUUUUUAAAUUUUAAAGCAAUCAUAACAUUUCAUAAGUACACCUUGUUUUCCCCACGUGUUUAAAUUUAACAAGCAAUUUCCAAAGUUUUAUUUCAGAGCUGCUAACCUAUUUUUAUUGCAGGAUGUCGUGUUGAAAAUACAGCAUUAUGUUUCUGAGAUCACAGGUUUGGUGCUAGGGACAGAGACACGUAUGUACAUAAUUUCCCCUUUUGCCUGAAACUACAGUUGAAUGUUUCAUAUGGCACAUGACAUGAUUAAAACUUAACUUUUGACCAAGAUUUUUUAAAAA